AUGGUGUCAGGAGUAGGAUAUGAUCAGGGAACGAAACAGUUAUCCAGUUUACAGCCAAACGAGUCGGUGAGGAUUCGACAGGGAGGCGUAUGGAAUCCAGCCGUGGUCGUUGAACAACAUAAAUCACCUCGUUCGUACAUUGUGGCAACUUCAAAUGGAACUCAGUUACGCAGAAAUCGCCAGCAUCUAAUGCCAACUAACGAACCACCAAUGAUUAUUACACCACCAAUGGAACCUGUCGGCGAAGAAGAACGUUGUUCAGGUAUAGCUCCGAGUACCGUACGUUCACCAGUUCGUUCUCCAGUUAUAUUCCCGAGUACAGAAAUAGAGGAAGAACACGUACGAACACCAUUGAGAAGAA